UCUCCUGCUCUGACAGUUUCCAUUUGUGAUCCUGCAUAUAAGGAAAUCUUGAGUAGCGACUACAACCCAGCAUGGAGGGCGGGAUGGGGGGAAGCUACCACAGGAGUGAGUUAUACUAAUCUACACCCCUUCGGGCUUCAGUAUUGGAGGGGCCGAUGAAUUUAUCUAGCUUUCAGGAUCAAUCUAGUGAAAAUGGACUUUUCUUCUAGUUUUACUGAAAACCUGGAUUAAUAUUCUGGAAUCAGAAAGGAAAGAGAUAAGAAGUGCAUAAGAAACAGCAUGGAUUCAUGAUACUUUUGAUGUACUUUUCAAUAUAAGAAAGAAUCAAAACAAAAUGACUGCUCCAAGACCAAACUGGGACACAGUGGGCACCUCUUUUUCUUUUUGAAAUACUGCCCAAGAAACCAUGGACUCUGAGGUACACAUACUGUAUUAAUCCCCAGGGAAAGAGCCAAUGCAAACACACUUUGGGGGGAAAAAUACAAAAAUCGAGAUAAAACGUUACCAUAGCAAGCACAUUAAAAAAAAAAGUGGUAGAUUAAAAUUCCCCGCAGCUCCUCCCAUUUAGAGGUGGAGUCUUUGCCCACCUCUUGAGUCUGGGCAGCUAUUGUGACUUGCUUUGACCAAUAAAAUGUGAUGGACGUCGUAGGAUAUCUGAGCAAAACUGUAAGAGGCCUUGCAGCUUCUAGUUCUGCCGUCUUGGAAGCCUGAGACUUAUCACAUUAUAAAUAAACCCGGUGGAAAGAUCACAUGGAGAGAGAUGCUCGACGUGCACAACCAUCCCAGCUGAGGCUCCAGACACAUGAGUGAGGCCAUCGUGGUCCAUCCAGUCUCAGCUCCGCUGCCGGAUGACUAAGAGGCUACAAGCUGCAUGAAUGACCCCAGGUGAGACUGCCAGAAGAACUGCCCAGCUGAGCCCAGAACAAAAUGCAGAACUGAAGAAGGAACAAACGGUUGUCAUAAGCCAUCAAGUCUGGGAGUCUGGGGGUGGCUUGGCAUGCGGAGAUGGAUACAUGAUGCACAUAGAACAGAGAUGAAACGUGUGUCCUAUUUCUAAUAAGGUGACAAUGGAUACAGUAACCGCUGGCUUGGGUGUACACCGAACUGGAUAAGAGGCAUCCACUGCCCCCUUUGGGAGAACUAUUUACCUUUUGAACAUGAUGUUCUAAGACAGACUACAUAAGGCCUACCUUCUCUUCCUGCACAUCAGCCCCCUGGUGCCCUGAACUCCCGACACCAGAAGGAGCACUCAAGAAGGCUAACUGCAGCCAAUUUAGACACUAGCUUAAAUACAUGUCAUACAAGAAUCUACUCACACUGACUAGACUCGAAAGAUACUGGAUGGUCUGAGAAUUUUCAGUCUGGAAUUCAACUUUCCUGCCCUGAACAGCAGAGACUUCGCUGGUGGAAACGACUCAUACAGACCAAGGCACUAUCCACAAUCACCUCUUUUAUUUCCACUGGACAACUGUAAUUAGAAAAGCUCCUGAGACAAAAUUCAAGAAAAUUUGCUAUAAAUGAGUAACAACUCAACAUGUAUUCAACCAUCCAGCCUCUCUUCCAUGGCUUUACCAAUCAUUUAUACCUUCCUCUGCAUCAUUGGUCUCUUUGGAAAUUCUCUCUCUCAAUGGGUAUUAACAAAAAUAGGCAAGAAGACAUCGACGCACAUCUACCUAGCACAUCUUGUGACUGCAAACUUACUUGUGUGCAGUGCCAUGCCAUUCAUGGGUAUCUAUUUCCUGAAAGGUUUUCAAUGGGAGUAUCGAUCUGCACAAUGCACAGUGGUCAAUUUUUUGGGAACUCUAUCCAUGCACGUGAGUAUGUUUGUCAGCCUCUUAAUUUUAAGUUGGAUUGCCAUAAGCCGCUAUGCUACUUUAAUGAAAAAGGAUUCAGUCCAAGACACCACUUCGUGCUAUGAGAAAGUAUUUUAUGGCCAUUUACUGAAAAAAUUUCGCCAGCCCAACUUUGCUAGAAAACUGUGUGUUUACAUAUGGGGAGUUGUACUCGGCAUAAUUAUUCCAGUUAUCAUAUACUACUGCAUUGUAGAGGCUACAAAAGGAGAAGAGAAUGUGUGCUAUAAUCGGCAGACAGAACUAGGAGCCAUGAUCUCUCAGACUGCAGGCCUCAUUGGAACCACAUUUAUUGGAUUUUCAUUUUUAGUCGUACUAACAUCAUACUACUCUUUUGUCAGCCAUCUGAAGAAAGUAAGGACCUGCACGUCCAUUACGGAGAAAGAUUUGACUUACAGUUCUGUGAAAAGGCAUCUUUUGGUCAUCCAGGUUCUACUAAUAGUUUGCUUCCUUCCAUAUAGCAUUUUUAAACCCAUUUUUUAUGUUCUGCAUCAGAGAGAGAACUGUCAGCAACUUAAUUAUUUAAUUGAAAUAAAAAACAUCCUCACCUGUCUCGCAUCAGCCAGAAGCAGCACAGACCCCAUUAUAUUUCUUUUUUUAGAUAAAACAUUCAAAAAGACACUAUAUAAUCUCUUUACAAAAUCUGAUUCACCACAUAUACAACCCUAUGGAUGACUUCUGACUAGAAAACACCAGCAAAUAGAAGACUGCUUAUAUGGCGAUUAGGGAUACCGGACUACAGGAUUACCAGAUCACGGCUUGAUUGACAGCCCUAAGAAACCCUCUUUGGUUUUAGAAAUAACCAUAAAAUUCACUUUCCAGCUCUACUAAUAUUACAAGUUGAGAUGGCAGAGACUUUCAGAGACAAAAGUCAAGCAUGUUAUAAGGAUCUCACUGCAUAUGAAAGCAACAGACCAUUUUCUCUUUAAACUCAACUGUGUAUGUUUUUAUUUAGAACAUAACAUUUCAUGACUGUAGGAUAAAGCAGCAAAUGGUUUAUGACUUUUCUGAUUUCUAGUAGUGGCAAUAUAAGGGCUCAUCUAGGCUUAGUGUUUGGUUGGUAACUUUAAAAAUGUAAAAAAAUUAAAAGGCAAUCAGAAAUGUCCUCAAUGAAGUUCUAUCUAGAUGUAUGAAUAACAGAGUAUAAAAAUCCAAGGCUUUAUAAAUGCACUAUUUUGCACUGUCUGCUCAUGGUACUAUGAGAAUCGAUAAUCAUCAAUUCCAGUAUUUAUUAAGCCAGUGAUUUUAUAGAUUUGCUUAAAUCUCUGGGUUAGGCUUGGUCUAAAUAAAGAGCUAAUACAAUGUCAUUAUAUGUUAAGAGCUCAUACAAUGUCAUUAUAUGCUGAUCUUCAUCACAUCUUGUAAAUUCUCUGUAUUCAAUAGAAAUAGUGUGAUUAAUAACGAAUAGUACCUGGCAUGUAGAUAUGUUCAAUCAAAUUUUGUGAAAAUAAAUGAAUGAAUGAUAAGAGCAGUAUAAUAGUUGUUGUUGAGAGAUUGGUCUCUAGAGUUAAGAGCCACUGGGUUAGAUCCUAGCUGAACCUUUUCUCUUAUUUAGCCAGACAAACCCCAGCAACUUACUUACCCUCUUAAAGUAUUAAGUUCUUCAUUUCUAGAAUGGAAAAAUACUAUGUAAUUCAGAGGUACUAUUAUUAAAUCAGAUGAUGUUA